GUAAGACCGUACAGAGCACUGGGGGGUAAUAGUAAGCCACGAACAUACAAUACAAAAUUGCAUUUUGUCUCUGUUAUCUACAAAUUCGUCGUCCCCAACCACCCGUUUCAGACUCUCUCAGACCGAGGAGGAGAAAUAGCAGAAAAAGAACGGAAAAAGGCAGAGAAAAAUGCCAACCUUGAAUCUCUUUACCAAUGUUCCUGUAGAUUCUGUUGUGGCUUCUGACAUUCUCAAGGACGCCACCAAAGCAGUUGCUAAGAUCAUUGGCAAACCUGAGUCUUAUGUGAUGAUUUUGUUAAAUGGGGGAGUGCCAAUUGCAUUUGCGGGCACCGAAGCACCGGCUGCCUAUGGAGAAUUAAUUUCCAUUGGGGGCAUUGGACCAAGUGUUAAUGGAAAGCUGAGUUCAACUAUUGCAGAAAUUCUGCAAACCAAGCUGUCCAUAGAUAGCUCUCGCUUCUAUAUAAAAUUUUAUGAUGUUCAGCGGUCAUUCUUUGGGUUUAAUGGUUCAACGUUUUAACCACCAUCUGUAUUAAAGCACUUCGGUAGAAAUUCUGAAGGUUGAAAUCAUGUGACUGAAGAACUAUGAUGAUGGAUUAUCCUUUCCAUUUUGGGUUGUAUUUUCCGUUUGGAUAAGAGAAAGGUCCAUAUACUUGAUGGUAUGUUUGAUGGAAUUGUUUAACUCCAGUUAAAUCAGAUGGUACUUAUCCUGAGUUCCUUUCUUUGGUCUUUUUAUAAAAAUCCUAUUUACUUUGGCGGCUGCUGGACUGCCAUUUGGAGAAUA